UACAUCAUUUUUUAUUUUUUUGAAUGAUUUAAACUUAAAGAAUUUACAUUGUGUUUACAACAACAACACAAUGUUACGUCACAAUGCCCCCCAGCCCUGGGCACGCGCAGGUCCCGGCUCGGUACUGAUCCACAAUCGGUCCUGCCGGAUGAUCCGGGUCAGAACCGGACCUGAGGAGGAGGAGGACCGGGAAGGUGUUUACUGCGCGCUCAUUGGCUGCUGAGCGGAGACGCGCGCCGCUGAGGAUGGAGAGGAAGAGGAAGAGAGAGGAGUGACGGAGGAGAGCUGAGUUGGAGAAGAAGAAGGAGGAGAAGCAGCAGAAGAAGAAGAAGAAGAAGAAGAGGAGGAGCUUCAGCUCCGCGGACACCGACGGCAUCAGAACAAAGUCCGUAGAAGAAGAACAAGAAGUUCGCGUUCAAACUUUUCACACUCAGAACUCUGUGCGCGCUCCCGCCGCCUGCGGCUGCUCUCUGGCUGAAAUGCGCAUGCGCAGUGCCCAGCCUGUCCAGUCUGAAUAAUGGCCCGAUUGUGUCACCGGGCUCGAUGGUGACGUCACCGGCCGCUGAUCGGCUCAGAACCGGCAGACGCGGGAGUGCGCCUCGGAUAAGCGCGUGACGCAGCAAACUGAAGCAACCGGCAGCACAGCGAGUCGGCAGAAGCAGGAAGCAGAGAAGAAGAAGGCCAUGAGACGAAAGCUGCAGGACGCGAGACACUGACGGGACAGACGGACAGACGGACAGGAUGUGUGGUGAGACACCUCACUGCUUUCACUUUGUUGAGCUUCAACAUGUGACUCUGGAUUUAAACACACUGAGGCCACAAAGCUUCACAGUCCACCAAUCUAAUCCCUAGUUUACCCAAUAGUCAAUAAUCAAUAAGGAUUGAACACAGUGAAACACGGUGGAUAUUUUUUAGUUUUUUAGAUUUUCUCCUUAUUGUGUGAUUCUUCUCUGAGUGUGAUAGAAGUCUUAAGUUGUUUGUAAAUGCAGCUGUAUCCAGCCGUUGUUUUGACAUCUUGUGUUUGCUGUCAGACGCCGUUUUAAAGUCAGAGUUGAGCUGAAAUGAUGCUGGUUGAUGUGUCUGGAGGAGGUCCACUGUUUCAUCCUGGUUCUGCUGUCUGACAACAGAAACAUCUGGAGACGACAGCAGCUUGACUUGAACCUAUAGUGUGUCUGUGUGUGUGUGAGGAUGAGUGGCGGUAAAAAGAGGAGUGGAUUUCAGAUCACCAGCGUGACUUCGGAUUUAAACCAAAGUCCAGCCGGCCAAUCAUCUCCCAGCGUGGUCCUGUCCGUCCUCCAAUCAGACACGUCCUCCUGCAGCCCUCAGGGAAGUUCCUCUCAGCCGACCACACCCUCUCUGAAGAGGAAGUACGUCUCCCAUGAUGCUGCGGGGCAGGGGGCGGGGUCUUCCUCCAGGUUCCGGGUGGUGAGGCUGGCAGUGGGCGGGGCCGGUGGGGGGGGGCGGGGCGAGUCAUACCGCCGCGGGCGAUGGACGUGUAUGGAGUUCCUGGAGCGACAGGAAGGGGCGGGGUUCAGACGGGUGAUGGACAGCAUGAGACACGCACACUCGCUAGAGUCCCUUGAGAUGAUUGGUCGGGACAGAGACAGAAGCGGAGUCCAUUCCCAGGACACCGCCUACCUGCUGGCUCAACCAAUGAGAGGAAUGGAAGGGGCGGGGCUUGUUCUGCGUAGCGGCCCGCCAUCACCCACACACGAAGAGCCAAUGAAUAUCCGUCUUCUCGACCGCAGGGAGCCAAUAAGAGCACAGGGUUUAGACUCCGCCCCUCCACCGCCUUCUCCCCGCCCACGAAAUGUCCCUCCUCCUCUACGAUUGGACGUAGAUGCUGCAGGACGAUCUGUCCUCAGGCUGUCUCAUUCUCAGCCCCCCUCCCCCCCUGCUGGACCGUACCAUCCCUCUCUGACCCCCAUUCAGACACCUGCAGCCUUCAGCCUGGACCAAACCAUCUUCAGCCUGCCGGGGGACACCAGCAGCUCCAGUAGCAGCCUGGUCGCCAUUGACAACAAAAUAGAACAAGCCAUGGACCUGGUGAAGAGUCACCUGAUGCUGGCGGUGAGGGAGGAGGUGGAACUUCUGAGGGAACAAAUCAGAGACCUGCAGGACAAAAACCAGCAGCUGGAGAGAGAGAACCACAUCCUGAGAGCACUGACACACAACUUACACACAUAACACAACACACCUGAUGACGGGCGCUGCUCGCCUGAGGACGUUGUCAUGGUAGCAGGUGUGACAGACUGAUGAGGAGCCUGGUUACCGUGGCAACAGGACUGUUUGCAUCAGCUUCAGGUGUUCUGAGUGGUGAUAAUGAUUAGAGUCUAAUUAAUUAAUAAAGUCUAACUGCACAACAA